AUGAAAUGGCAUCAUUUUUAGAUCCAUUAUAGAAUAAAUGGAUUUAAAAUCGAAGUGAUAAACCAUAAUUAUGAAGAAGAAAAAGAAGAAUUAGAAAAAUAAUAACAAGCAUAUUAAAACUAAAAUCAAUAUGAAAAAUAGGGUGUGGAAAUGAUGAAUUAGUUUAAAAAAUCAAUCAAGCAUAGAAUGCAAAUAAAAAAUGAAAUUUAACAUUGA